CCGAGCCUUUUGUGGGGCAUUGAGGAGCCGGGAUAUACUACACCAGGUCAUCCUCAUUGUGGUCUCCAGUGCUUUGCUGCAUCUGGCCUGUGACACUAUGCCAUUGCCAUGAGCCUGGUGGCCUGUGUGAUCAGCAGCCCGGUCAACAUCUGCCUCUUUGGUACUCAGAAUCUCUUCUCCCUGUUGCUAUCCCUAUGGGGUGCAGGGAUGAGGCCACCGUGGAGGAUGCCAGACAUUAUGGCUACCUUCCUUGCUCACAUUUCCAGCAGUGCUGAAGUCAUAGCCAUCUUCCUUGUUGCCCUGCCAACUAGCACUGGAACUCCUGGCCUCACCUCCCCACCUCUUGCCCAGCUUUGUGCUCGUCUCCCACCUGUGCUGCUGACGUGUGUGCUGGCAGUGACAGGACUGCACCUGGACCUCACCAUGAAGCUGGCCAUCUGGGCACUCAGUCAGCGCUACUCCCAGCCAUCCUACCACCAGCUCUGGGAAGACGUUGUGCAGCUGUUUCCCCUGCCAUUGGACUUAGAGGCUUGGUACUGAGUCUGGAGCAGCUGCCUAUAGCUGGCCAGCUGGCCGAACCACAGU